AUGCUAAAUCAGAGUAUUAUUAUGUUCCGUUAUUGCAUUCUAAAAAAUGUCAAUCCUUGCGAAAUGCAGCUCUCCAACGGUUCGCUGAUCGUCCUUUUCCUGAGCAGUGCUUAUGGAAGUUCUAAUUCCUUACUGUUCACCGCAGUGGCCGAUUUGAUUCAUUAUUUUCACACUCCGACGCGGGUAUCGGUUUUAUCUUGUUGGAAUAACAGUGAGAGGUUUGAAUUUUGGCGUGCAAUCAACACGGUCCGUGGGCCAGCGAAGGCCAUAGCUCUGAAUUUUGACGACGAAAAUCCGAACCUUCUACCUUGGAACGAUCAUAAUCAACAGCAUAACCUGAUUGUAGUUGAUACCGCUUGUCCAAAAUCGUGGCAGUUAUUAAGGGAAUCCGGUCAAUUACUGUACUAUCGUGUCAAAUGGAUCAUUGUGAAUAGAAAUGGGUUGGAGUGCGACAAGUUUUUGGAUUUUUUUCAAGAUCUUCAAGUGUUGAUCAGUAACGAAAUAUACUUCCUGUGUGAAUCGCCAAACCUAGAUAGCUUCUCGAUUCGGCAAGUAUACCGUUAUUCACUGGAAACUGAACUGAUCAUGGAAUUGUUCGGCUCUUGGAGUCAUGGAAUGAUCGUUAAUCAACAAGCCAACACAGUCAAUGCCGUUCGCCGGCGAAAUUUGAACCAUUUCAAACUCCGAGCAUCAGUGGCAGUAGCCGUAAAUGAAUCUCGGAAGCAUCUUGACGACUACCAGGAUAAACAUAUAGACUCUUCGUCGAAACUAAGCUAUCUUCAGACUAGAUAUGUCGUGCAGAACUUGAACGCUACAGUACAAUACAGUUAUCAUAACUCUUGGGGCUACUGGAACUCAUCGAUCGGGCAAUAUACCGGUAUGAUCGGAGACUUGGUUAGCGGUCAAUCCGAUAUUAGUGCUUCGGUAUUAUUCGUCACUGCCGAUCGGAUCAAGGCGGUCGAUUACGUUCCGAUGGGCAUCAAAACCCGAGCCACACUCAUAUUUCGUUCUCCUAAGCUUUCCAUCACCGACAAUGUGUUUCUGCUACCCUUCGAAGGAUCCGUUUGGCUAUGCAUAGUCAGCUUUAUCAUUCUUUCGGCAGUCUUUCUACUGAUCAUAAUGUUGGUAGAGCUUCGGUACACUUCGGUUCCUUAUCCGGAUGAUUUUCGUCCGACUAUAUUCGACACGAUCAUGAACAUGUUUGGGGCAUCGUGUCAGCAGGGUUCAUACUUGGAACCGAAUUCGUUGCCUGCGCGAUGCUUGAUAAUUUUGAGUGUGGUUAUACUCAUGUUUCUGUACGCAAGCUACUCAGCUAACAUCGUGGCCUUGAUCCAGUCGCCGUCGAAUAAAAUUCGUACCUUGCAAGAUCUGAUUGAUUCACCUUUAACUGCCGGAGCUUUGGAUAACGUCUACUAUAAACACUACAUAACGCACGAAAAUGAACCGAUUCGUAAAGAACUUUACGAACGCAAAAUGAAGAAAUAUACUCCCUUCGUUGAACUCGAAGAAGGCGUCAGAAAAAUCCGCCAGGGAUUAUAUGCAUUCUUUGUGGAACAGGCAUUGUGCUACAAGGUCAUCAGCGAAACCUUUCAGGAAGACGAGAAGUGUGACCUGCGGGAGAUCGAUUACCUGGACUGGACACAUCCGCACUAUGUAUCGCGGAAAAAUUUCUCGUUUGGUGAAAUGUUCCGACACGAACUGUUCAAGUUGCGCGAGUUUGGCAUCGAGGUCCGAGAGUACGGGAUGAUCUACUCGAAAAAACCGAAAUGCACCGGCAGUAACAGUUUCGUACCCGUUUCACUGAUGGACGUGUGGCCGGCGAUGCUGUGCCUAGGCUGGGGCUUCGGAUUUUCCGCUGGAUUGCUUCUGCUCGAACUGCUGCUGAGUCACGUUAGAAAGAGACAACUUAGUCGGAAAGUGAGCGGAACGUUCUUUCGAAAAUCAAUUAAAUGAAGCGUUUUUUUCUCUCUCUCGCAAUCAUUCACAUUUGGGUUGUUUCAAUAAAACAAUCAAUCGAUAAACGAUCAGAUUUCGUGCAUAAAUUAAAAAGUAUAGUAUGUUAAACGCAACCGAAUAAAGU